CCGCCCAGUUUCAGAGGUCACUCGAUACCUUUUUUUUUCCGAUUUUUCCCAUACUUUCUGUCCAUACACUGUCUCAAAAAAGUGUGUCGACUUUUUAAUGUUUUUAUUUGUUUUGGUUUUCAGUAUCACUGUCGAGAUUCAUGCAGUAAAUGGGUUUUAUUUUUCAAAUCGCCAUUAGUUAGCUCGGCACAGGCACACACACCGGCUUAAACCGAAACUAACUCCGAGACGAGAGGGAAGAUGGCAGUAACUAAGACUUUGGUUUACAUUGCAUGUCUCUGUUUUGCUCGAGAUUUUGUUUUCUGUGAUGACUAUGAAGAAGUUGGAAAUGAGAUCAUACUUACUCCAAGAAUCCGUGGAAAGCCUGAAGAUAUACUGUGGAAACACAAUGACAACAAGGUUCUGGAGUAUGACGGGAGUAAGGUGGACGAGUACGGCUCGUUCAGAGGUCGUGUAGUUGUUGAUUUUGAAACAGGAGAGCUCACAAUACGAAAACUGAACAGCCAAGACAGUGGCCAGUAUCAAGCUGACAUUGUGAUCAAUGGGAAAGUUCAGAGCUCCAGUCAUACGUUGACAGUUUUGGAUGCUCUGGUAGAGCCUCAGGUGAACUGUGAGCUGGAUGAGAUUUCAGAUGUUAAAAAACUGUUGUGUUCAGUGGAAUCUCAGACUCUGAUCAGCUACGAAUGGAGUGGACCCAAUAUAAAUGUUCACUCGGGACACGAGCUUGUUGUUGAUAAACAGGAGGAAAACCUUGACUCAGUCUAUACCUGCACUGUGAAGAAUCGUGUUAACAGAAAGAGCACAGACUUUACUCUGAAAGACUGCCAUACAGGCAGAGAAGGGUCUGCUGUUCUUGUUCCUGUCUUAAUAGUAACAGCACUUCUCCUCAUUGUGCUUAUUGCACUGGCAGUAUUCUUAUAUAUAGUAUAUAGACGAAAAAAACAAAAGCAAGUGAGGUCAUCUGAAUCAAGAAAUACGGACACUGAAUAUGGUCAAAACCUGUUGAGUAAUGUCACAACGGAGUCUAUGCCAGGUUCAUCUGAUGCUAUUGCCACGAUCCCUAGUCACAUCAGACUUCCUUUUCAAAAAGAGUCUAUUGCUGAUAAAAAAUGGGAUCAAGAUUCUGGUGAAACUGUAAAACUUUUGAGUGAUACAAAUAGCUUGCAAGAACAAAGUCAAGUGAGUGAAAAUGUAAAGACGUCACCUGAACUUCAGAACGAGGGACUAGAAGAGCAGGAAACUGAAGAUAAUAAUGAGGAUAAUCAGACACCAGGAGAGACAGAAGAGGCGUUAAACAGACUAAACACAGGUUCAUCUGAUGUCACUCUCCCUAAUCGCACCAGACUAUCCUCUCAAAAGGAGCCUGUUGCUGAUAAAAAAUGUGAUCGAGACAAAGAACUAGAAAAAAAUCUAAAACAGAGUCCACAAUCUGUGUCAGAAACAAACCAAGAGAACACAGGAAAAGGAAAUGAAGGAGAAGUAGACAAAAAUGAGAAGAACAGUGAAAAUGCAGAUGAAACAGAAAAGCCCUUACAAAGCCAAGAAGAAGAGGAGAAAGAGAAAAGUCAGAUACUGAAACAAGAGAGUGAAAAUGGAAAGACGUCACCUGAGCAUCAAAAUGAGGGACUAGAAGAGCAGGAAACUGAAGAUAAUAAUGAGGAUAAUCAGACACCAGGAGAGACAGAAGAGGUGGUAAACAGACUAAACACAGGUUCAUCUGGUGUCACUCUCCCUAGUCACUCCAGACUAUCCUCUCAAAAGGAGCCUGUUGCUGAUAAAAAAUGUGAUCAAGACAAAGAACCAGAAGAUUUAGGUGAAACUGAUGAAGGACAAACAACAAAAGAAUUGCCAGAACAAAUUGUAAAACAGAGUCCACAAUCUGUGUCAGAAACAAACCAAGAGAACACAGGAAAAGGAAAUGAAGGAGAAGUAGACAAAAAAGAGAAGAACAGUGAAAAUGCAGAUGAAACAGAAAAGCCCUUACAAAGCCAAGAAGAAGAGGAGAAAGAGAAAAGUCAGAUACUGAAACAAGAGAGUGAAAAUGGAAAGACGUCGCCUGAACAUCAAAAUGAGGGAAUAGAAGAGAAGAAACCUGAAGAUAAUAAUGAGGAUAAUCAGACACCAGGACAGACAGAAGAGGCGAUAGACGGACCAGACAAAGAAAAUGUGAGUCCACAAUCUGAUGUGACAGAAAGAAAUGUGGUUAAUGAAGCAGAACAAGUACAUGAAAAUAAGAAGAAGAGCCAAAAUGAUGAGAGCCUGAGAAAUCAGAAAACUGAAGAUGCAGCUAACAGUGGGAAUGACAUGAGACCAGGAGACACAAGAGAGAGAAGUGAGGAGAAAAACAAUGAAGGGAUAGACGGACCAAACACAGUGGAUCAGCCGGUGGAUGGUGAAGCUCCCGGUGCUCCAGCAGUUACAGAUUCACCAGCUACCAUGGAGAAGGACCCUAUAAACAGCAGUGUCGCAGCUUCCAGUCAAUCUGACCUAUAUAAUCACACAAGCCAAGACAAGGAAAAAGAAAGAAAACGUUCUGGACUGGAUCAGGAUGAGAAAGGAAAGGUUGUAACAAAUCAGGAAGAGAAAGGUGCCCAGGAACAAAUGUCAGAAGAAAAAACUUAUGACCCAGAGACAUCUGAGGAAAAAAAGUUGCAUUAACUUCGACAAACAAACUGAUCCAGACAGUACAAUAAACACUGUGUCUCAGCAGCAGGGGCAUGACGAUGGGUUGAGUAAACGAGAUGAAGCAGUGCCGGCAUGCUCUGAGAAAUCAGAUAUGACCGAUAAAGACCAAAGCUUUACACUGAUUGAUAAUAAUGCAAAGGUUAUGCAAAAUGAAACUCAACAUGGUGGACACCUAACUGAAGAAGAAGAUGGUGGUGAUGGUGGACACAGAGACGAGCAAUGACCCAGAACAAGGCAUGAAGGAGAAAAAUGAUCCUCCAGAAAUGAGUCAAAAAUGAACAGAAGUUACAGGAUUGUGGUGUAAAUAACUCUAAAAACACAAACAAUGACAUGUCUGAGCCAAAGGACAAGAAAACAGAAAGUGACAGCUUCCCAAAACAUCCAAUGAAAUAAAAUCAUAUAGUUCAAAGUUUUGAGCAAACGUAUGUGGUGAUAGAAAAGAAGCUCUAGCGCAAGUUCUGCCGGGAAGACUCAAAUGUUACGUCACUCAUUAGUUCAGAUCUAACCAAUCAUUAUCUAACACUUGGAGUAUAAAAGAUCGGUACUUACACAUGUCUGAGUUCGCAGAUGCUGACGCCAACCUUCGCCUCCAUCCCGGGGGUCGGCUACGCCUCUGCCUUCAGCUUCAGGCAGGGAAAGCAAAGUCUGCAACCCUCAGGACGUGAGCUACGGACGGGGCCUACGCCACAGAACAUUAACCUUUAUAUUCUGCUUGCUGUUUGGUAAUAAGUAUCAUUAUUAUGUUAUCUUGCCUCCCGAGUCUUCUGGUAGAAUUGACGGUGAGAUCAGCAAUGAGAGAGGUGAAGUUGAAUAGAAAAACAUGAGUGAACUAGAGUGAUGUGAAGGAAGUAGUGAGAGUUGUGCGUCAGAAAUAACAAUGAAGAAAAUGAGGAACACACCCUACAGAAGGUGAAGAAAGGAUAAUCAGCAUGUGCUUGAACAAGUUGCAGAGGAGAAGUAACAGUCCAAAUGGCUUUCAAUGUAUCACAUUCAUUUGGUACAGUGGCAAGAGUAAAUUUGUGAAUCCUUUGAAACUAUCUGGAUUUCCAAUGACUUUAUCCAUCCUGCCCUGACAAUGAUCACUCAGUCUCAUACAUUUCUGAAAAGUACCGUACAACUGUUUUUGCGUUAGUCAGAUUAUGUUUAUCAAUAAUUGUGAUUCAGAGGAAGAUUAAUCCACAUUUUAUGAGUAAUCAAUGCAGAAAACUGUUCGCCAUGCAAACAUAUUUUUAGAACCAGUAGCUUCACUGUAUGCCUGUGAUUGACAGAAGAAUAUUAAGGAAUAUUAAAUGGUUGUAAAUGUUAUAUAUGCCAGCUAAAUAUAAAAACUUGCCAAAGACAUAAAAUAUAUUUAAUGUCAUUGAAUUGCCUAAAUAUAUGAUCACAUUAAUUAUUUAGAUAAAUAUUAGCCAUAAAUUGUUUAAGGAAAUAUUGUUCCCAUAAUAAUCUCUGAGUGGUGAUGAAACCACUCUUAAUUCAGAAGCAGUUGUCCUAUAUUUAUUGGUUGGGAUGUGAAUAAUAAUGCCAUGUUUUAUAAACAUUUCUUGUAGUUUUUUUUUUUAAACAAAUUUAACAAACAAAAAUGUUUGGGAUUUUUUUUUUUUUUUUUUUUUUU